GGUGGCCAAGCUGGAAAAGCACCUGAUGCUUCUCCGCCAGGAGUAUGUGAAGCUGCAGAGGAAACUAGCUGAUACAGAAAGGAGAUGCAAUCUUCUGGCUGCACAGGCUAACCAAGACAAUGCCAGUGACACCUUCAUCAGUCGACUUCUUGCCAUCGUAGCUGAACUCUAUCAGCAGGAGCAGUACAGUGAUCUGAAGGUAAAGGUUGGGGACAAGCACAUCAGUGCUCACAAAUUCGUCUUGGCAGCACGCAGUGAUACUUGGAGUCUUGCCAGCCUUGCCUCAACAGAGGAGCUGGAUCUCUCAGAUGCUGACCCAGAGGUAACCAUGGCAAUGCUGCGCUGGAUCUACACAGAUGAACUUGAGCUAAGAGAAGAUGAUAUCUUCUUGACAGAGCUCAUGAAACUAGCUAAUAAAUUUCAGCUCCAGCUGCUUAGGGAAAGAUGUGAAAAAGGAGUUAUGUCACUAGUUAAUGUCAGGAACUGCAUUCGCUUCUAUCAGACGGCUGAGGAGCUGAAUGCUGGCACGCUUCUCAACUACUGUGCUGAGAUAAUUGCUAGUCACUGGGAUGACUUGCGCAAAGAAGACUUCAGUAGCAUGAGUGCUCAGUUGUUGUAUAAAAUGUUCAAGUCGAAGACAGAAUAUCCUUUGCAUAAAGCUAUUAAAGUUGAGAGAGAAGAUGUGGUCUUUCUGUAUCUUAUUGAAAUGGAUUCACAGCUUCCUGGGAAGCUCAAUGAAUUGGAUCACAAUGGAGAUCUUGCUUUGGAUCUAGCCCUUUCCCAGAGAUUGGAGAGUAUUGCAACUACACUGGUCAACUACAAGGCUGAUGUGGAUAGGGCAGACAAGAGAGGCUGGAGUCUAUUACAUAAAGCCAUUCAAAGAGGUAAGUAAAUACUUGCUAACUU